GCAAAAUUGUGGAGAAUACGACCCUAAUGACGCCAUUGUUCUAGAGGCCUACUGCACUGGUAUCAUCUGCCAGGAAAAACCAACUUAUACCUGGACAGUGAUCGAAAAAAGAGUCACCAAUGGUAAUGUAUCAUGGCAGCACGUCUCUAUCCCUUUCGAUCAGUUAUCACCACAGUUCAACGUAUCAAGGAUUAAAAUUCCAAAAGAGAAAUUGAAGGUUGGCGUUAGGUACAUGCUACAUGUUAAUGCCUCAUCCAAAACUGGAUAUGCCGAGUCAAACUUCACCCUGAAUUCAAACGAAGCACCAGUCGGAGGGAAAUGCUACGUUGACAACCUAAUAGGGGAAGCCUUCACGACUAUUUUUAAUUUUACAUGUGAAGGAUGGAAGGAUGACGCAGUUCCUUUGACUUACAAAUUCCACUAUAUCAAUUCCUUUGGUGUCGAAGUAUUACUACAGUACGGUUUAAGCCCCAUUGUUUCCACGAAGCUACCUGUCGGCUUUGCUGAUAACGAUUAUGACAUUCCAAUCAAGAUCUUCAUAGCUGAUUCACAUGGUGUUGGAAGAGAAAUCAAGAUUAAUAUCAAGAGUAAACCUUGGCUGAAAACACGUCCUACAUCACCUGGCACGGACAAGGUCAACCCUAUAGUGGUGGAGAACUCGACGCUAUAUCACUACACRGUKGGCAGUAAGAGCAGACUUAGCGUCUUACUGCAGAACAAUAACAUCAAACAGGCAACUAAUUURGCCAAUGAAGUGCUCUCAAUGAUGUCCAACAACGCUGUUCAAAAUAUAUCCAGCGAAGACAAAAUCAAGAUUAAAGACAACAUGAUCUCUCAGAUGGCAAAGGUCAAGGUAACAGAUAUGAAGAAUCUCAUCCAGGUAUCAUCAGUAGUGGCUGGAGCAACUGAAGAAAAGACGGAGUUAUCAGAAGAAUCGAAGGAUAAAUCAGUCGAAGUGCUGGAAUCAAUGGCGGACGUCUUCUCCAAGAUACCUGUUGACGUCAAGAAAGGUUCCUCGCAYAUGAUGAGUGARGCAAGCACUAACCUUAUCCAUGGAAUGGGAAAUGUGUUGGAUACAUUCUCUUACACUGCAGCGAAAGAAACCGAGGAAACAGAAGACAAARAAGAUGUCRCAAAUACUACUGCAGUUAAUUCAAAGAAACAGAGUAAGCAAGCUAUCACCAAAGUCUUAGAUCUAAUAGGAAUGGUGAGCGACGCUCUUCUGGCAACCAAGACACCAGGUGACAAAGUUUCGAAAGUCAAAACGAAUAAAAUAGAAAUGGUUGUCCAGAGAGAGAGCGCUGCCGAUAUUGGCAACAAGGGUUUGGUUGGCGAUGGAGGUGGGGUCAAGUUUCCCAGUAGUAAAGCGUUGUUUGGUGGUAAUGGAAGCGGCCUGACACAUGUUGAUACACAGAUGCUCGUCCUUAAGAACAAUCCUUACACAUGGGACAAAUCGGCAAAAAAUGUCAAGUCCUCGGUUCUAAGUGUCGACCUCAAAGGACCAUCAGGAAAGAAACUUACAGUUGAAGGUCUUGAAGAAGAAAUUGAACUUGUUAUUAAAAACACGGAUAACCAACCACCAGCCUCUACAUUAAUGAGUUUUAGUAAACCAAGUAUUGAUGGAAGUAUGCGUUAUCAUACYACAAAUGUAACAGGCAAAGACAAGGCAAUGCAUAUUACUAUAMAUCCUGAAGACGGAAAACGCCUCGAGGUCUACCUUGGAAAGACAACACGACCGACCACUCAAAAGUACCUCCUCAAGGCUACUGUUCCAGACUUGUCGAAAUGUCCGAACAACACGUUAUGUCCAGCAAGUUUCGCCGUGGCUGUCCCAGCAAAUCUAACAGAAGUUGAAGGGCUUUACUAYGUCGGKAUUAGACAACCUGAAAAACGYGACGAUCCCGUSAAGUCGAGAAAAAGAAGGUCAUGUUCAGAAUCAGGCCGAAAGAAACGUUCAGUUGAGUGCGUCGAGUUCAAGGACCCACCAACAACUCCYGCRCCAACACCACAGACUUUGAUACCUUCGUAUGAUCCGACUACAGAUGUGAAUUACACCAUUUCUAUUGCAGUGAAAUCGUGUUUGUAUUGGUCGGACACGACACAAAAUUGGACGAACUAUGGAUGUCGGGUUUCGUCGAAGGUAGUCAACGGCUCGAUUGUCUGCCUCUGCAAUCAUUUGUCAUCAUUUGGUGGGGACUUUUUCGUGGCACCAAACCCAAUCGACUUCGACCAAGUUUGGCUGGCAAUGAAGAACAUUGGACAAUCCCAAAAUUUUGUUGUAUUGUCGACCCUAUGUACAAUGUUUGCCUUGUAUGCUAUUGUUGUAAUCUUGGCCAGAAAAGAAGACAAAAACGACGAGCUCAAGGUCACAAGAGCUAUCCCAGURUCACGAGUAUCAGAUACAAGCCACUGCUACGAAAUCACCGUGUCUACAGGAAUAUGGCGACGCUGUGGAACAACAUCAAACAUUGCAAUGAGGCUCUGUGGYGAAGACAGUGAAUCUGGAACUGUUUCGUUGUCUUAUUCUGCUAUGUGUGACAAGCAACUGUUUGGACGAGGAAGCGUAAACGUUUUCAUUUAUGCUUCUGAAAAGUCAUUUGGUGAUUUGAACCAUAUAAGGAUAUGGCACGACAACUCCGGUGACCACCCCGCUUGGUUUCUCAGACAGKUAGUUAUUCGUGACAUCCAAACUGAUGCCAAGUGGUAUUUUGUGUGCAACAAAUGGCUGGCACUUGAAAAAGGUGAUGGGAAAAUCGACAGGGUAUUAUACGUGUCCACAGAAAAAGAAAUCAAUGGAUUUAGAAAUAAGUUUUGCAGUAGAGCCGCUUUAGGCCUAGGUGACGGUCACUUGUGGCUUUCUGUUGUGACYAGACCGCCUGCAAGCCCUUUCACAAGGGUACAAAGGGCUACGUGUUGUCUUUGCGUACUUUUAACCGCGAUGGUUGCUAAUGCAAUGUUCUAUCAGUUCGGAGAGGAGGCAAAGGACUCUUUUAAACUAGGUCCAUUGGUUGUAAGUGCUAAACAAAUUAUUAUUGGCAUACAAAGUAGUAUUAUUAUUGUACCUGUCAAYCUYCUCAUCGUGUUCCUCUUCAAAAACGCAAAACCAAAAGAUGACAAAGACACGCAAACGAACACGACCAAUGAAACAGAUCARAAGAAUAAAAAGAAAUCWGGCCUGCCUCAUUACUUUGCUUACAUUGCAUGGUUCCUGGCCAUAUCAGCUUCUCUCACUUCAGCUGCAUUUACGUUCUUCUACAGUAUGAUGUGGGGACGRGAAAAAUCCAAUCAAUGGCUCACAUCUAUAAUGGUUUCCUUCUCACAAGACAUUAUUCUAAUCCAGCCAAUCAAAGUCCUUMUUGUUGCGACGUUGUUGGCAUUUAUCAUCAAAAAGGCGCCAGAAGAUGAGUCCGCUAAACAGGAAGUCGAUCAGAGUAAGAACAAAACUUCUGAAAAAGAGUACUCAAAGAUCGCCGGUGAGGUUAAAGAGCCCAAAUCCCCAAAGAAUGAAGAUAUGGAGACGUUCAGGCAGUACAGAGUACGAGUGCUUAAAAUGGCUCGUACCUUGAUUGAGCUGUGCUUUUACYURACRUUUGUSUGGAUGUUGAUGGUUAUCUGUUACGGUAGUCGAGACGUUGGUCGGUACUGGAUGACACAUGGUAUUAAUGACAUGUUACUCAAGUUUGACAAGGUUAAAAACGCGGAYGGGUUUUGGAAAUGGGCAAAGACGUACAUGGUUCCAGGUUUAUACAGUUCUGAUUGGUACAAUGGACAACCGUUUGAGUAUAAAGAAGGGUUUGUGUCCAACAAAGCRGGAUAUUUGGUUGGAAUGCCUCGGCUUAGACAAGUACGAGGUGUAGUAGAUGACUGUCCAAUAAAAUACCUAUAUCCAAACUUCUCAAGCACCUUGAACCURUGUAUUCCRCCAUAUUCGUUUAAAGCUGAAAGUAAAACUCCAUACAACCUCCCAGGAUGGUUUCCAUUCAGAAACAACAAUACAAGAUUUUACUCUGAAUAUGAGCUGCUGAAAAUGUGUCCACGCCCAUGGCGAUACCGAACUGCAACACAACUUCAUAACCUUCCAUUUCAAGGAGAAGAUAAGCUAUAYGGAGGAGGUGGCUAUGUGGCCGACCUCGGCUACACCGACCGAUCGGCUUACAGAGUUCUCGAGAACCUUGAAAAAAACUCGUGGAUUGACGAGAGGACGAGAGCAGUUUUUCUAGAAGUUUUGAUCUUCGAACCUUCGAGCAGUUUCUUCAGUGCGGUGACAUACUUGUUCGAAAAGCCAGCUAUGGGUGGAGCUCUGACUUACAUAUCUGUCAAAACAAUGUCACUUUACGGGGCGCGAUCGUACGGCCUUCAGUCACURUAUGCAAUCUGUGAACUUACGAUCAUUCUCAUUGUGAUUUACUUUGUAAUAGCUGAGCUUGUCAAACUCUACAGGCAAAGGUGCAGCUACUUUAAGAAGGCAUGGAAUUGGAUUGAAAUCACACAGAUUUURGCUKCCAUUGCUACUGUCGUGCUUUCUAUAUUCCGCAGRUAUCAUGCWACACAGCUGGUAAACAAAGUCCAUGCUAACCCCUUCAUGACAUCAAGCUUUCAUUAUGUUGUAAUGUGGWCAGAAGUCGAAAACGCAYUAAUGGCAAUACUCAUUUUUGUGAUCACCAUGAAACUGCUGCGUAUUUUGAAAUUCAACCAACAAAUCAAYGUUCUUGCAAGAAGUAUGUCUAAGUGCGGUAAAAAAUUGGUUUCAUAUUCUGCAGUAUUCCUCGUGGCAUUUUUAGCAUUUGCUCAAGUGGCUCUAUUGGCGUUUGGUCACAGUGYACAGUCGUAUUCUAGUGCUGUACAAGUGUUUCGAAGUCAGUUUUCGAUGUUUGUAGGAGGUGACRCGGACUACUAUGAGCUYCARGACGCAAAUSCAAUUUUGGGACCGUUUUAUUUCUUUGCAUUUAUGACUGCAAUGGCUACYAUUUUGAUAAAYAUGUUUCUUGCUAUUCUKAACGAAGCRUAUCGCGAGGUUCACGUGUUUAGAAACAUUGAACCUGAGGAACAUAAAAUGAUGUCAGUGUUYAUAGACUAYGCGAAUAGACGGAUAAAAAAGAGUUUGUCCAGUAUGAAAGACGCUAAGCUUUUCCCUCAAUCAAGCAAAUACGAGGUGAAUGACCAUUUACUCUCCAACGAGGAGAUUGAACAAAAAUACACACCUCUUGAAGAACCGAUUAAGAAUGAGAAACGUUUUGAGGACGACCCUGAGGAGAAGAUGCUYGCUUCUGUGAAGGGAUGCUUCCAGGCAUUACGCUAUGAUCUGCGGCAUUUGACGUCAUCUCGAAAGAGGACCUAUAAAGUUCAAAAGGCUUCCAAAAAAGAUAAUAAACAAAACAUUAAGGACUAUGACAAAUGCCAGUGCCAGUCAGUGAAAUAUAAUCUCAAAGGAUUGUCCACAAGUUUUCAAAGUCUUACAGAUGAGUUAUUUAGGAAUGGGUCGGUAAAAAAGARUCAGGAAGAAGAUAAGGAGAGAUUAUUAAUAGAUCAGGACACUUUUGAUGCAAUUGAGGAAACAGACCUAAUAGAUUCAGACUCUGAAGGGGAGCUUUAUCUAGAAAAUUCACUCUUCUUUGGUAAGAAAAACCACAACCAAGAAACUAUCAUCUGAGCUAACACAGGGGUGUGCGACCCAACAUGKCUACCAAACAGAURGCUACUGCGGUGCRCAGCAAAGUGGCACAGUGACCCUAAGAUUYACAAAUUGCAUGGUACAAAUAACAAGACAAAUAUGCCUUCAAAUGCAUAUACAGCAUGGCAUUGUAAUAAACUCAAUGCAUGAMCAACAAUAUCCAUGUUUACCAGAGUAUAUCUAAAAUAUCAAGCAAGAUAUGUAAAAUACCCAUAAAACAACCAACUUUGUGGUAUGUAAUCAUACAAUAUACACAGGGUAACCCAACAAUAAACAUCAUCAGAUAAGACAGCUGUCAUCGACCUGUCAAUCACCUCGUAGUCAUCAAUAUUACAACAGCAAUAACUGUUACUGAAGGUUCAGUGUUGACCAAAUAAAAUCAGUUUCACUGACCAUAAUUUCAA